UCUCGAGCAGCUUUGGCGGGCGGCCGGCGACGACGACCCGGGCGUGUCACUCUUCUCCCUGCCGUGCUCCUCAUUUCGGAGGGGGAAUGGUGACAGCGAUCCGUUGCCCAUCACGCCUCCUCACGCCGCUGAGCCCGUGCCCCCUCGGUGAGCACCAUGAUAUCCAGGCACUCCAGGUCGGUCAUCCUGGCUGCUCCUUUUGCUUCUUCGGCUUGCUACUUCCCCUGCUCCGCUUCUAAAUUUUCUUCCCAGCCGCCAGUCAUGGACAGCUUGUCGGGUAAAAAAGGCGAGAGUAAGAACUCAUCCGUAUGUUCGCUUCGAGCCGCGCACCUCCCGUCGGCUUGUUUAUGAUAUCGUCUGCAAAAUCUUGAUUUGCUUCUCCUAUGCGGAUUUGCUGCUAUCAGGCCGAACACGAGGGCGGGCUGCGGAAAUGGC